UCCCCUUUUCAGAUUCAGAACUCAAUACGCAGCGGCAAAGAAGAAAAUAUAAAAACGAAAAUAACAUAAUAGAGAAGAAGAGAAGAGUGUGUUUGGUUGUCGAUCUUCGCAGCUAUGGCUGGUGCGAGGAAGAGGCGCGCAUCCUCGACUGUCCUCGGGAUCGUCUUGCUCGGUUGUUUAUUUGCAUUUUCCAUAGCUAAAGAGGAGGCUGCUAAAGUUGGAACUGUUAUUGGCAUUGACCUUGGCACAACUUAUUCAUGUGUUGGUGUUUACAAAAAUGGACAUGUUGAGAUCAUAGCAAACGAUCAAGGAAACCGCAUCACCCCUUCAUGGGUUGGGUUCACCGACAAUGAGAGGUUGAUUGGAGAAGCUGCAAAGAACCAGGCAGCUGUUAAUCCAGAGAGGACUGUCUUUGACGUCAAGAGACUUAUUGGCAGAAAGUUUGAGGAUAAAGAAGUUCAAAGGGACAUGAAGCUCGUUCCAUACAAGAUUGUGAACAAGGAUGGAAAACCCUACAUUGAGGUCAAGAUCAAAGAUGGUGAGACCAAGGUCUUCAGUCCUGAAGAGAUCAGUGCGAUGAUUUUGACAAAAAUGAAGGAGACAGCUGAGGCUUACCUUGGAAAGAAGAUUAAGGAUGCUGUUGUUACUGUUCCUGCUUAUUUUAAUGAUGCUCAGAGGCAGGCUACCAAAGAUGCUGGCACAAUAGCUGGCUUGAAUGUUGUAAGAAUUAUUAAUGAACCAACUGCAGCAGCAAUUGCAUAUGGUUUGGAUAAGAAAGGUGGUGAAAAGAACAUUCUUGUCUUUGACCUUGGUGGUGGAACAUUUGAUGUCAGUAUCUUGACUAUUGAUAAUGGUGUUUUUGAGGUUCUUGCAACAAAUGGAGACACUCAUUUGGGAGGUGAGGAUUUUGAUCAGAGGAUCAUGGAAUACUUCAUUAAGUUGAUCAAGAAGAAGCAUGGGAAGGACAUUAGUAAGGAUAACAGAGCACUUGGAAAGUUGAGGAGAGAAGCUGAGCGUGCUAAGAGAUCUCUGAGCAGUCAGCACCAGGUCCGAGUGGAGAUCGAGUCCCUCUUUGAUGGCGUAGAUUUCUCUGAACCCCUUACAAGAGCUCGUUUUGAAGAACUUAACAAUGAUUUGUUCAGAAAGACUAUGGGUCCUGUUAAGAAGGCCAUGGAAGAUGCCGGUUUGGAGAAGCGCCAAAUUGAUGAAAUUGUUCUUGUGGGUGGAAGCACUAGGAUUCCCAAGAUUCAACAGCUUUUGAAGGACUAUUUUGAUGGUAAGGAGCCCAACAAGGGUGUUAACCCAGAUGAGGCAGUUGCUUAUGGUGCUGCCGUGCAAGGAGGAAUCUUGAGCGGAGAGGGAGGUGACGAAACCAAAGAUAUUCUUCUCUUGGAUGUGGCUCCAUUAACUCUUGGUAUUGAAACCGUUGGAGGAGUUAUGACCAAAUUGAUUCCAAGAAACACCGUCAUUCCAACCAAAAAGUCCCAAGUUUUCACCACUUACCAAGAUCAACAGACUACCGUCACAAUUCAGGUCUUUGAGGGUGAAAGAAGUCUUACAAAGGACUGUAGGUUGCUUGGGAAGUUUGAUCUCACAGGAAUAGCACCAGCCCCAAGAGGAACCCCACAAAUUGAAGUUACCUUCGAGGUAGAUGCCAAUGGUAUUCUGAACGUCAAGGCCGAAGACAAAGCCUCUGGUCGAUCCGAGAAGAUCACAAUCACCAACGACAAGGGCCGUUUGAGCCAGGAAGAGAUUGAGCGUAUGGUCAAGGAAGCUGAGGAAUUUGCGGAGGAGGACAAGAAGGUCAAAGAAAGAAUCGACGCCCGCAACAGCCUGGAAACCUACGUUUACAACAUGAGGAACCAGAUUAACGACAAAGACAAGCUCGCAGACAAAUUGGAGGCUGACGAGAAGGAGAAGAUCGAGACAGCAACCAAGGAGGCCCUUGAGUGGAUGGACGACAACCAAAAUGCUGAGAAGGAGGAUUAUGAUGAGAAGCUGAAGGAGGUAGAAGCAGUGUGCAAUCCGAUCAUCACUGCUGUCUAUCAGAGGUCUGGUGGUGCCCCUGGCGGCAAAACAGAGGAUGAAGACGAAGGCCAUGAUGAACUGUAAAAGAUUUUAAGUAGGUUCUAGGUUUGGAGCUUUUACUGAUGAGAGAGAGAUGUUAGUUAUAGAACAUGAAACUCGACUUUUUAUGCACUCUUUUUCUGGCAAAAAAGUUUUGUGUAUUUUCACAGGAAAAUCCUGUUCGCUGAGGACAUGAAAUGGGGUCUUCCCUUUCCUUCAUCGUAUCCCUCGUUUUGGAUCUUUGAUAAUUUGAAUUUAAAGGGAGAUGCAUUUUCUGUAUUGCGCAUUUAUUAA